AUGGCAGAAGCUGGAAUGUGCAACUCAUUCACAAUGCUUUCUCUAGCAGAGAUAAAAUGGCUAUUCUUGCUGUGGAUACUCUUAGACCAGACCAACCUGAUAGAUGAAAGUGGAAUUUUGAUAAGCAAGGAAAAUUCAAAGUGGCUGGUUCCUACAAUCAUCUCAUGGAGAGCAAAAUCUUGUCAAUGGAUUUGCCAGAAAGCAGCACCUCGGGAGAAAGGGACAAGAAAAUUAGAGAAAUUAAGUCUAAAGGCGUUCAACCGGCGAAGAAGCUCAAGAGCAGGCCGAUUCCAGUUGGUCGGGGGUCUUUACGUACCAGAGUGCAUGUCAUGUUGCAAUGAGCAUAUUUCGUAA